AUGUCACCAGCGUGCAAAUCCACCAAACAGCGAGCUUCAAAAAGUGAAAAGCAAUUAGCAGCUGCCUACAAUAUGGGUAAAAAUGAAAUUCAUAAAAUUUCUACGAAGAAGACAGUUGAGAAAAGAGCUCAUAUUGAUAAUGAAGAUUGGACGUCCUAUGAAUUAGGAAUUCUUUUCGAUUGUCUCAACAAGUAUGAAUUUGAUUGUUGGCCGCUAUAUUUAGAAAAAAAUUUGUCAAGCCGAUCAUUAAUCGAAAUCCAUACAAAAUUAAAAGAAUUAAGAGAAAUGGCGCAAGAACGUCGAUUCUUUCGCAAUAAAACACAAAAUAAAAUAUGGUCGGAAAAUGUUGAACAAUCACCAACAAAAUCGGAUGAAAAAAAAAAAUGGAUUGAUGCUUUGCAAGCAAUACAAUUCGAAAAGCGUGAAAUUUCUGAUGAAACAAUGAAUGCUUUAGCUGAAUAUUUGUCUAAUGAAAUUUCUUAUCGACCGAUUUCUACAUCGCGAAAGCUUUUAAAACUUUGCGAUAGUGCGAGUUCAAUGAGAAAAAAUAUCGGUAUUAUAGAUUUUUCAAUUUUCUAUCGAAUUUUACAAAAUUUAUUAUUGCAAAAGCGAUUUAUUGAACCGAAAAGUAACGAGGCUGCUUUAAUUGUGCAAAUACUUGAAGAAAUUGAAAAGGAAAUAGAUGAUGACAAAUAUGAAAAUAUCCGUCGCAUUUUGUUAGGAAUGUUCAGAGAUUUAGAGCUUAAAAAAUUGGAUGAUUAUGAAGCUUAUAAUAUACGCAAUCUUAAUGAUGCUGUUAUGCUACAUCUCAAUCCGCUUAAUUUAUCGUCUGAUAUGCUCGCUUCUGGUAAAUUUUCUAUAUUUCCUGGACCAGUGUAA